AUGGAACCUUAUUUCUUAUCUCAACCAACACAAAGCAUAUUUUUUGCAGACAUUAGUAACAAUCAACUUCCGGUCCUAGAUGUGUCAAACUUGAUGUCCCUAUUUCCAUUCUGCUCAAUCGAUUACACCUCGAAUGUUAUUGAACACCUCGUAAAUGAACUUGACUUCACUUUGGACCCAGAAAAACAUUAUGGCCCUGGAUUUGUACAUCUAAAUGAAAAUGCUUUUGAACAGUUUCCUGACUUUGCUGAUCUACUGAAUCUCGAAAGCUUGCAACAGCUGGGACAGCUUAUAUCAUUUGGUUUUGACCUUCGUGGUUUAGACCUUAAAUGUGAUUGCAACUUUGAGCCAUUUCGGGACUUGGCUAUUGCUAUAAAAGAAACGCUUUGGCAUGAUUAUAUGAAUAUCACAUGCAAAAGCCCAGAAAACUUAAAGGGUAAGACGGCAGUAUAUGUGAACCCUUUAUUGCUCAAUUGCACAUUAGAAAGGGAAGACAACUGUCCGAGAAAUUGCAAAUGUGUUGAUCAGCCUUAUACAAACACAGUCUAUGUUGAUUGUUCGGAUUUAGCACUUCGUGAAAUGCCCGAAAAUCUACCAAACUCAACCUUCUCAGCUUAUAUUCAUCUAAAUCUAUCGAAUAAUUACAUCACUGAACCGAAAGACACCAACUACGUACACAAGCUUACAGUGCUAGAUCUGUCAGCUAAUCAUCUCAAGGACUUCAGCAAUGAAAUGGCUAACAAGCUGGAAAACGUGACAAUCAUAAUAUCUGACAAUCCAUAUAUACAUAAAAUUCCGCAACAGUUUCAACACAGAAACAUUUGUAGAACGCAAAUGGAGAAUGUGUACAUAAAUUGUGGUUGUGAAUUGGUUUGGAUUGAACAAUGGCUAAAAGCUAAAUCAUGUGUUGGUGAAAAACUGUUUUACUGUCAUGUGCCCAUGCAUGGUCAAGUUUUUUCUAGAGACUUUUCCGCUGAUUUACUUGACUGUGGACAAAAUAUUUUCCUUUUACACAUGAUUUUGACAAUCAUAGCUGUUACUAUUGGAGUACUUAGCCUUGCAGCUACUUUGGUUUACAAGUUCUGGUACGAGAUCUACAUUUUGUGGAAAAGAUUGAAACAGAAGAACAUUGACAAGCACCAUCCAGAAUUCACUUACGAUGUCGCAAUCACCUUCAGUGAAGAAGAUGAUCAGCUACGAGAAUGGGUCAUGAAUGUGUUGGUGAUCUGA